UAAACGAGAGCUAGUGAACGGAGAAAUGGGCAGUUCCGUGGUGGAGAUGCAAGCCUUGGCCCACAACUCCGGCAAUGGUCGGAGUCAAGAAGAGAUCAAAACGUCCAUCUACAAAGUCCUUCCCCUCAUCUUAAACAAUAAGGAGAAAGCCUACCACUACCAGCCCCGAGUGGUGUCGUUCGGGCCGUACCACUACAAGAAGCCGCAGGAGCCUCACCUGAGAUCGAUGGAGGCUCAAAAGCAACACGCUCUGCAACGCUUCAUCCGUCGAUUAAAACGAUCCAAGGAAGAUCUCUUGCGCUCCGUAAGGGCAGUGGCUGAAAAGUUGAAGGGCUCAUACGAUUCCCUUGACACUAAAUGGGAAGGUGAUGGAACUGAGGACUUUGUGGAAUUGAUGGUCUUGGAUGGGUGUUUCAUGCUUGAAAUACUGCAAUCGAGCUAUAAAUCCGACUACGAUCCCGUCUUCAGCGAACAUGGGGAUGUCUAUGUCCUCCCGUUGAUCAGACAUGACAUGUUGUUACUGGAGAAUCAGUUACCAAUGUUACUUCUGCACAGGCUCAAUGAUAUAGACAAUGAUAUAGAGAAUGAUGAUGAGACUAACAUUAAAAUUGAAGCAUUGAACAAGGACAUACUCAACUUUCUCUUCUUCUGCAAUGAGGAGUACCCAAUGAUGGACGGAUAUUUGCACGUGCUUGACCUCUUCCGAGGGGCCCUACUCCAAGGCAAAGAAUCUCUAAAUCAAGAAGAAAGGAAAGAGUUGCCUUGGAAAAGAUUUAGCGAUUGGAUGCGUAAUAAGCCAGAGUCAAUUUCAGAAAAUAAUGAAAAGAUGGUCCUAAAAAAUCAGAAGACCAUUCCAAAAAAUAAAAAGAGGCCCGUUUCAGAAAAUAAUGGAAAUAUCAUCCCAAAAAAUAAGAAGAGCGGCCACAACGUUGUUCGCCCAGCCACAGAGCUCCUCAAUGUCGGCGUCCACUUUAAGAGAAGCAAAAGCAACAGUCUCUUGGACAUCACCUUCGACGACAAUAAUGGCAUCUUGACACUUCCCAAUUUUGUAGUUGAUGGUUAUACCGAAUCAAUGUUCUUGAAUCUCCUAGCCUUCGAGCGUUGCCACAUCUGCGCUACCAGCGACAUCACUUCGUUCAUCGCAUUCAUGGACUGCAUCAUCGAUAGCAGUGGGGAUAUUGAACUUUUAAGCUCGAAAGGGAUUAUCGACAAGUGCAUUGGGACCGACAAGGAAGCAGCUGAUUUGUUCAACACAAUGUCCAAGGAUUUGAUAAUUUGGAAUGACAACCUUUACGAGGUGUACGGGAAGCUCGUUGUCUACAACAACACGACUCUGAGUAAAUGGCGCGCCAAUCUAUUUCGAACUUACUCCAAAAGCCCGGCGGCAAUAAUUAUUUCUGUCUUAGCAUUCUUCCUUCUCUUCUAUCUUACUUUACUGCAAACUGUCUUCACCAUCAUAAACAUGUCUUCUUCUUCUUCUUCCUCUGAUUCCGAGAACUCUAGUACCAGCUCUAGUAGUGAGGGAUCACACACCGAGUUAUCCAGCCCCCCCCACGGCCCCCUUCGUAGGCCUGGGAAACUUAGGAGGCCUGAAAGAGUUUCACCUCAUCCCACUUCAGAGUCUCAUGCCUUGGCUGCCGGCCUUAGAUUUCCUCUCGCGACUCCUGUAGUUGAGGUGUUCGCUAUCGUGGGGUUAUGCCCCUCUCAGUUGACUCCCAAUGGCUGGAGGUGCCUAUCUACCUUCAUUCUCUGCUGUCGAGCUCGGGACAUUGAGCCCACUGCUCAACUUUUUUUUAGGAUGUUCAAGGUAAUUUCUAUUAGCAAAACUGAAUCUCGAUUCGCCUUUUCCCCCCUCAACCAGCGUCAGUUCAUAGUCGAUAACCCCACAUCGGUGAAACGAUGGAAGAGUAGAUUUUUCUUUGCUGGCUUGAAAGACCGGGGGGUCAGCUUCGGGGUUCCAGUUGAGUGGGCUUUCCAGCCCUCAAAGGUCCGUAGUCGCAAGAUCACGCAGGACGAGCUUCACAAUAUUCAGAUCUUGAGAGAGCUGAACCCUAUCACUGCUCGGGUCCUGAUAUGUGAUCGCACCUUGUACUUGGGGGGUUUAUCCACUCACACUUGCUUCGAGCCUGAUGUCACUUUGGCUGAGAUGGUGAGCACAGCUUUCAUCUGGGGGAAGAACAAACGGAGACCCGUGGAGGACGAAGGCGCCCCAGCUCUUAUGGGGGGAAAGGCUGCCUUGAAUGCUCCUCCUGCUGAGGAAGGAGAGCCUAGUCGUGCUAAGAGGAAGAGGACUUCUCAUCCUCCGAGAGAGCUCAUGCCAGCCCCGGAGUCUCCUCCCCACAGUCCAGACCAUGUUCCCGAUUGGGGAGUGAAGGCAAGCGAUCUCAGCCGGAACACUCAGGUGGCAAGACGUAUGAUUCACCACUUUGCCACUCCCGCUGAUCGUCAGGUGUUGGCCGAGCAGUCCUCGGAGGCCAUAGAAGCCGUAUUGUGCAAGUAUCUAGCCCAGGAGAGAGACGAGUCACUGGAGAGCCUCAGGAAGGACUUGGAUGAGUUGUCCUCUCAGCGGCAAGUUUCAGACCUACGUAUUCAGGAGCUAGAAGCAGAGCUAUCUCGGACGAGCUCCAAGCUAUCCCGGGCGAAUUCAGUCAUUCGUCAAUAUGAGCGCAAGUAUGCCGAGCCUAUCAAGCUUCCUGAGGUAGAGGAGUUCCUCCAGAAGAACCUGCAGGACGCUUGGACAAAGGGAUUCCAAGCUCAUGCGACUGAGGUAUUACGAGCUCAUCCAGACUUGGACAUGUCCAAUGUUCGGUCUGUUGCGGAGAUUGUAGCCAGGAUGGAGGACUCGGAGAUGGCCGGCGAUGAUGAUACGCCUCCUGAUGUUUGA